UUUACAGUGCCGGACACCGCGGAAGCGAGUAUCGCCGUGUUUAUCAGACCAAGCUUCCAGGACUCCCCUCAGCCACCAUGACGGACCGAUACAACAUCCACAGCCAGCUGGAGCAUCUGCAGUCCAAGUACAUCGGCACAGGACACGCCGACACCAGCAAGUGGGAAUGGCUGGUGAACCAGCACCGGGACUCGUACUGCUCCUACAUGGGCCACUUCGACCUGCUCAACUAUUUCUCCGUCGCCGAGAACGAGAGCAAAGCUCGUGUCCGUUUCAACCUGAUGGAGAAGAUGCUGCAGCCGUGUGGACCACCAGCAGACAAACCUGACGACGCCUGAUGUGCAGAGCGAUGCGGGCUUUGGAGGAGUUUAUUUCUACUUUCAAAGGAACAGUACCAUGCAAUUAGAUUUGUUCUUGGCUCAACACAGAACAAAAUCGGAGAUGGAUCUCUUGAUUUUUUUAAUGUAUCUGGAUUUCUACACGUUUUAGAUCGAUUGCAAUGAUGCACAUACAAAGCUGUGCUGUGCAUUGGUUAUUUCUGAAGUAUCUUGUGGAGAUGUGUAUUGAUUGGAAGUAGUUUGGUUGAAUUAAAAACAAUUUUCUACACCUUU